CUAAGGUAAGUUAAUGGUGGCCCAAGCGCGACUUUGUUCGUCGGUGGAGCCAAAAAUUUCCUGGCAAGACAUGCAGCAGAAGCUUUAUCUCUGGACUCUAGAGAAUUGACCCAAAAGAAGUCGUAUAAUUGCGACGACGCCAUCAAAAACGUGUUACUGGAAACUUCACGCUUACGGCCGGCCAGUUCUAUGCCCGCCGUGUCGAUCUUUUAGACAUCUCUUUAAAGGGCGACCUCUGAUCCAUACCACCCCCGAUGGCAAGCUCCGGCGCAGCGCGGCCGGCCGCGAGCCGCGUGCUGCAGCGGUGCCAGCCGUUCUCCUCAAGCACCAGCUGCGCUGCUCCGGUGACCACAUGGCGAACUCUGGCAAGGCCUAGCACGGCAGCAGCUACCGCUCAGGCAACGACACAACAGCUGCGUCUCCUGUCCAUCUCGAUGCCGCUCCAGAAGCGACGCACCACGCGCGACAACAACAGGCUCCGAGGCCAGUCCACCAUCCACCGCAGCGGUAUCAGGCGGCCGCUCUCCGUGUCUGAGGAGGAUAUCCCCCAGCCGGUGCAGGACGAGGGCGUGGGCAAGAUGCGCGAGGAGGACACGGAUCCCGACCACGGUCUUUGGGGCUUCUUCUACGAUAAGCAGCUCGUCCCGACACCCAAGCAGCUAUCGGCUCACGGCCGAUCAUGGACUGUCCAGGAGCUCCGCGGCAAGAGCUGGGAGGACUUGCACGCCCUGUGGUGGAUGUGCUGCCGUGAGCGCAACCGCAUCGCUACGGCCAUCAGGACCAGGCAGUUUAUCGGCAUCAAGAAGGACAAUCCCUUUGAUGAGGCGGAGGCCAGGGGCAGAACUGUCAACAAGACGAUGCAGGCCAUCAAGCACGUCCUGACAGAGAGGUUCUACGCCUGGGAGGAUGCGCGGAAGCUGGCCAUGGAGGACCCCGAGAUCAACCUGAGCGGAAAAGGCCCAAUCUACACACCAUCUCUCCACUUUGAGAGCGCAGACACAUCAUCAUACAUUGAAGAACCUGUCGCCGACCAUCUGGAGACGCCAGAGACAUCGGGCCAAGAGAAGGUCGGAGAGUUGUCGCCGGCCGGGGCUGUCGAUCCGUCCACUAUUCUCGCGAGCAAAACCGGUAAGCCCGUCACAGAUGCACCAAGAUCGUCCUAGUUUGACAGGCCAGGGACAAGAAGCGAGUUUUCGACCCAUGAUGGGCAGUGGCGAGCAUCGGAAGCUGGAUGGGAGAAGGACAGAUAGCGGUGGACAUCACAAAAAACUACACAAUAAUUGUGCAGUGAGGGGGUUGGUUGACCAAGCAUGUCCGGUCGAUCAUAUGUACUACUGUAUUGUACUGUAUAAAGAAACUUUAGAGUUGGUGAUAUAACGGGAUAUGUACACGUUUCAGCAUCAACAUCCUCGGUCCACGAUGAAUAACAGGUGAGUGACUCGAGUUGAAGAGAGAAAAGAAAAAAAAAACGGGAAGGCAUAUAAGUGUUUCCAGAAAUACGGAC